CGGCUUCAUUCGCGGCUGCAACGUGUCUUGAUCAACGGCUGCCCGCCUUUCGCUCCGGUUCCUCCCCCCCACCCCCCCAUCUCCCUCCACUCACCCAUCAAGGCUGCUGAGGAACCCGGGAAGGGGAGUGGGGGAGAGAAGGAGGAAGACUUGCCUCCUCCUGUCAGCUGCAACCGUGCAGAGAUCCGUCAAGAAGAAGAGAGAUCUCCCCAAAUCUCUUUUUUUUUUCGCCUGCUUGGAGAAAUUGGAGUGGAUUUUGCUGUCAAGAUGAAGGGUUGCCAAAAUGACUAUGCGGAUGGAUGCACAGAGGCAGCUGCAAAACCCAUGACCAACUCUUUCAAGGCUGAUGACCUUGUUAUCAACCCGUCUACCACAUUGAAAGAGAAACCAGACCCAAAUGGCUUAGUAUUUGGAACAGUUUUCACAGACAACAUGCUCUUCGUUGAAUGGUCCUUUACAUCUGGAUGGGACGUCCCUCAGAUUAAGCCCUUGGAGAACCUCUCUGUGCAUCCAGCCAUCUCAGCCCUGCAUUAUGCCGUAGAACUGUUUGAAGGCAUGAAGGCAUAUCGAGGCGUGGAUGGCAAAAUACGCUUGUUCCGACCAAGACUCAACAUGGACAGGAUGUUACGGUCAGCUGCGCGAGCAACUUUGCCAGGAUUUGACAAAGAAGAACUCCUGCAGUGUAUCCAGAAACUGGUGGAAGUUGAGAAGGAGUGGGUACCCUAUUCAACCUCUGCUAGCUUGUAUAUCCGCCCUACUUUAAUUGGGACAGAGCCUUCUCUCGGAGUCAAGAAGCCAUCAAGGGCCAUUCUCUAUGUGAUACUGAGCCCUGUGGGGCCCUACUUCACAAGUGGGACCUUCAAUCCCGUCUCCUUGUGGGCAGAUCCAAAAUAUGUCCGAGCUUGGAAAGGUGGGACGGGGGACUGCAAAUUGGGAGGGAAUUACGGCUCUUCGAUUUAUGCCCAACGUGAAGCCAUGGAAUUGGGGUGCCAACAGGUCCUCUGGCUUUAUGGGGAUGACCAUCAAAUUACAGAAGUCGGGACGAUGAAUCUUUUCCUGUAUUGGCGAAAUGAAGAUGGAGAAGAUGAGCUGGCAACUCCACCUCUAGAUGGCAUAAUUCUUCCUGGUGUGACGAGGCAGAGCAUCUUAGAUCUGGCACGCAAGUGGGGUGAAUUUAAAGUAUCAGAGCGAUACAUUACUAUGAGCGAUCUCACAACUGCCUUGAAGGAAAAGAGAGUGAAGGAAAUGUUUGGGGCUGGAACAGCUUGUGUUGUAUGUCCUGUUUCAACAAUACUAUACCUGGGAGAGAAUUUGCGUAUUCCAACUAUGGAGAAUGGACCUCAAAUAGCAACCCGUUUCUGGAACCAGCUAAGUGAUAUCCAAUAUGGAAGAGAAGACAGCGACUGGACAAUCGUGGUGUCAUGAAUGUGAGGGACAAGAACAUUUCAGCCUUCUACAAGCACAACAAAGUGCUUGAAAUACCACCUGAAUGAUGAACAGUUUUACUGUAGCUCUGUGUAGAGUAGUCUGUGUAUUAUCACUUUAUUCCUGAGCUGGGGAGUUGGGUCCACAUGCCAGGAAACAAAACUUAGGGCUAUCAUUUCCAGGCUGCAAACAUCAACGUUGAUCACAAAAUAGCAGGAACAAGCUUUCUUUCUGUAUCUCUUUGCUGCUACGUUGUGGUCAGGAAGAUUUUUUGCAGGCCAGAGAAGGUAGCCCUAGUGAGCACAUUUUGUCUUCUGUGAUUUUGGUCUAGAAUAGAAAUCUGUCUUCUGGUGGAGGUGCUAGAUGUCAACAAUAGAAACUUUCCUAACACAACCCUUGGUGUCCCUUAUAUCCUUGGUACAGUGGACAACUGUGUUUAGAAGUUCUUCAACUGCUCUUCAUGGCAAGCCAAGUACUCUUGGCCUUGAGUCACUUUUUAACCAGAUUGUGACAUGACUAUUUGCCAAAUGAUUGAGAGUAAACUUUUCAAUAUCUCUUUCUCAUCUGCAACCUUAUAAAAUGAAAGAUUUAUUUUUCAUAAGGCAGGUAGAUAUAGUAUAUGCAGUAAAUAUUUCGCCAUCUCUUGAUUUUUUCCAUCUUUAGGACAAUCGUUCUAAUUCACAGGAAUUAGAAUUUGAAGAAUCCCAGCUUCUGAUCACCAGCUAGAAACACAUCUCACAGAUAAUAAUUCCCAAACUGGGUCCAAUUUCUCUGAUGUCUAGAGGAAUUUUUUCCCCGUCAUUAAUAAAUGACUUCUAUCAUUGCCAAACUAUGGAAAGUUCUGUAAAGUAAGUUGGUUGAAUGCAGAAUAAGGGUUAUCUUGGUUGAUGGCAUAGCCAUCUAUAACAUUUUAAACAAGGCAGGUUUUAGAGACUUGCCAGAUACCAGAUUAUGGCCCAAUCCAUCAUGCUUGAAAUCCUUUAGAAAACAACUUUCUUUGUAGCUUCUACAAUCCUACCAUUGUCUCAGCUUUUCUUGGAGACAUUGAUUUUAAAACCUUACCCUUCCCUUCACACAGUCUUGAAAUCAUGGCACCACAACGAUCAGAUGCAUUAGAAAAGUUUUCUGAUUAUCUGAAUAAGCUUCAAUAAUCUACUGCAUCAAAAUAGAUUAAAAAGAGAUGUCACUGAAGCAUCUUGAGAUAUGGGAAGGCCUCUAAAUCAAGUGUGGGCUGACCCUAACUUACAAGAUCUACUUUGAUCUUCCUUCUUUUUCCUUUUAUUUCUACUAGACUCUCCCAAGAUCCACAAAACUAGAUCAAGUUAUUAUAAAAUAAUGGUCUGGAACAAUGGUUCACACCCUUUUCUUUACCACGGACUCUUUUUAAAUAUAUUUUUUGGCCACUGACCAUGGCCACAAACCCCCAAGACUUAAUUCAAGGUUUAAAUCUUAACAUAUUUUUCAAGCCUUUGUGGACUCUCCCUAUGACAUUGUGAUCACCCAGAAGUCCGCGGACCACAGCUUGAGAAUCACUGGUCUGGAGGAAGCAAACCACCUUGAAACAUAUUGCUUUGGUUAAUUUUAAAUUUUCCCUUUUCUGAAUAUGGUCAUCUACUAAAGAUAGUUUUGCGGUCUUGGCUUAGUGCCUUUUGAGUCUGAGCUUGAAGGCAUCUGAGCAUGAAGACAUAUCUUGCCAAAGAAGUUACAUACAACAGUGUUCGGCACCUACUCACAUUUCUUGGACCAAAUAUUUCUUGAGCUAAUCUUAUUGUAGCUUCACGAGACAGCAGUUUGAUGAUUCUGGCAAGAUAAUCAAGGCAGUGAGCUUUCUUUUUGCUAAGAUACUCACAGGGACUAAUAAAGUUCACCCCCUCCCUCAUGAGAAGGGCAUGAUUUGGGAAAAUUCUAACUCUGCUUCUUGAACCUUGAACCUACCUCUACUUAAUGACUGAUCAAGGCUGAGACUAUGCCCAAUUUUUAUUUCCCCGUGACUUCAUAGGCGCCUAAUUUUUUUAGGAAAAAGGAUGUGACAAGACUUUACCAAUUCAAAAUGCAGAUAAUGGUAGUGAGGAGAUGAUUUUCAUGCAUUCCACACAGUUGUCUGACUGUGACCGCAAGGAGAAGGCCUAUUGUAGCCUACUCCCGUAUGCAUCCUUAAAAGCAUUUUAGUACCUAAGGGUAUUUGUUCACUCUCAUCAUGCCCCACCAUGUGCCAAAAUAAGGAGACACAUUCAACAGCAUCAUGUCAAAUGUUCUUUCUAGAACAUCUUAACUGGAUCUUAAAACUGUCAAUAUAGAUUCUUUACAUUUUGAUCCAAUACUCUUAGUUAUAAUAUCCCAUGUUGCAGUAACAUUUCCCACAACCACCUUAGUGCAAAGCAAAACGUUUCGAUUUGUAUGACUUCAUGGUGCAUUAAUCAGCAAAGGCCUUCCAGAAAGAUUUCAUACCUUAAAACAUUAUUCUUUUAUUGAAGACCAGUUGAAGCUGAUGAUGCUGGAUGGAGUUCUAUUUAGAACAGUUUUCUCCAGGGUGGUUCUUCCAGGUGUGCUGAGAUUCCUAGUCCAGGAAUUCUCAGCCAAUUCUCAGCCAACAGGAAUUCUCAGAAUUGGAGUUCCUACAAUUCAAGGCCACCAGGAUGGAGUAAGGAUGGUCUAAGAACAGACUAUUACUUCUCCACCUGGGGAAAUUUGAAGAUGUAUAGACUUUAACUCCAGUAUUCCCCAGCCAACGAUGCUGACUGUAGAAUUCUGGGAGUUGAAGUCCACACAUUUUAAAGCUGCCCAGAUGGAGAAGCAUUGAAAUAAACACAAUAAGCACAAGCUGUUUCCCAAUGAUGGUAGAUGUAAUACCCUUUAUCUCUUCUUCUUGCCAGUUGAAUUUGUAUUGUGCUGCUAUCCUUGUUAGGUUCUGUUCCAGUUACUGCUAGCUUUCAUUGGUGAUGUGCAGCGUUUUGUUUUCCUUUUCCUUUGUUUAUUGUUGGCCACAUUGCUAAUUGGGAUGCUCACAGUUCUGAUCUUGAGUAAAGCUACUACUGGAGCAAGACCAUCCUAAUAGAAGAGUGCCUUUUGACGAAGAGUGUGUGUCUGCGUUGAGAGUUUGACUUGCUGAAACCAAAACUAUGUAGUCAAUGUUUGGCAGAGACAGGAUUUGAAAAGACUGGCUCCUUUUGUUUCCCUGUCAAGAGGAUAAGCAGGGGGAACUAGGACAACUCUCAGUGACUAAUAUGCAAUGGCCAUCUCAUUGUGGCCAACCUGGCAUGGCCAACUCUCCAGGGACACUCAACAAUGCCCAACUCGCUUCAGGAUAACUUACCGCGGGACAAUCCAUGAGAGAUAACUCAACACGAUAAAUGCCAUUUUUGUCAAUGGAAAUAAUGUCAAAGAAACAGUGGUGAAUAACACUUAUGAUCACGUUGAGUUAUCCAGCUGGAAUUGUCUCACAGCAAGUUAGUCCCAUGGCGAGUUGGCCACAGUGAAUUGUCCCACUGUGAGUUGUCCGGCAAGAUGGCCAUAGUGAGAUGUUUGCAGUGAGAUGUUCACAGUGAAUUGGCCGUGGUAAGAUGACUGGCAAGUUGGCUGUAGUGAGUUUUGUCCCAUUCUGGAAGCAGGGAGGUGAGCACUUAACUCCUAUCCACCCCCAUUUCUUUCCUACAAUUUUCCUCCUCUAGUUACUUGCCACUUCAAGUGACAAAAACCAGAUGGAAAGAAGGGGGAUUCUAAGGAAAAGAAGCCAACAGGAUAAUAACUGUUUUUUUCCCUCCUCCACUGCGGUGUAUGAGUAGGGGUUCGGGUCCCCAGGUCAUCCUUGCAUGUGCCACUGAGCAUACAGCCCUCAUCAAGAUGUGUUUUCUGUAGCAACUCUGUCUGCUUAGAGGUCCUCCCUUAA